GCGAAUCUGUGAGCGGCUUCGGAGAUCAGCAGCGCUCAAGAGCUCAUUGCACCCAGCCUCGCGCUCCGCUCGCCAGCGUGUUUGCACUGAAGCAGCAUCACCAAGAGUACCCAUCAGAAGAAGCAUCAGCCACUUGUAAUUCUAGUACUGCACAAACUUCCCAGCUGUUGAGAUGCCUGUCGCUUCUACUGAUUCUGAGACAGCCAUGCAACAGGUCUUGGACAACCUCAGUGACCUCCCCAACUCGAUGGGAGCCGGAGACUUGGAUCUCAUCUUUCUCCGUGGCCUCAUGGAGAGUCCAAUAGUAAGAUCAUUGGCUAAGGCUCACGAGCGACUGGAGGAGACAAAGCUGGAAGCAGUGAGGGACAACAACCUGGAGCUGGUCCAGGAGAUACUCAAAGACAUCACUCGCAUCGCUCAGCAAGACAGCACAGCUGCGGAACUGGCUCGCAUCCUUCAAGAACCUCACUUUCAGUCCCUCUUGGAAACCCACGAUUCUGUUGCCUCCAAGAGCUACGAGACUCCACCGCCCAGCCCUGUCCUGGACCCCAUGUUCAACAACCAGCCAGUCCCCCCAGAUGCUGUGCGCAUGGUGGGGAUCCGUAAGACUGCUGGGGAGCACCUGGGUGUGACCUUCCGGGUGGAGCGCGGUGAGCUGGUCAUAGCACGCAUCCUGCAUGGUGGCAUGAUUGACCAGCAGGGCCUGCUGCACGUGGGUGACAUCAUCAAGGAGGUGAAUGGACAGGAGGUGGGCAGUGACCCACGGGCACUCCAGGAGGUCCUCAAAAAUGCCAGUGGAAGUGUCGUUCUUAAGAUCCUCCCCAGUUACCAGGAGCCACAUCCACCUCGCCAGGUGUUUGUGAAGGCCCACUUUGACUAUGACCCAGCCACUGACAAUCUCAUUCCAUGUAAAGAAGCUGGGCUGAAGUUUAUUGCCGGAGACCUUCUCCAGAUUGUCAAUCAGGAUGACCCCAACUGGUGGCAGGCCUGCCAUGUGGAAGGCGGCAGUGCGGGCCUGAUCCCGAGCCAGCUUCUGGAAGAAAAACGCAAGGCAUUUGUGAAACGGGACCUUGAAGUCACACCCUCAUCUGGUGCCUUGUGUGGGAGCCUCAGUGGGAAGAAAAAGAAAAGGAUGAUGUAUCUGACCACAAAAAAUGCAGAAUUUGACCGACACGAACUGCUGAUCUAUGAAGAAGUGGCACGCAUGCCUCCAUUCCGCAGAAAAACCUUGGUGCUCAUUGGCGCCCAGGGGGUCGGCCGGCGCAGCCUGAAGAACAAGCUUAUCAUGUCUGACCAAUCUCAGUAUGGAACCACCAUCCCAUACACUUCGCGGAAACCUAAGGAGCAUGAGACGACUGGGCAGGUGUACUGCUUUGUGUCUAGGAGUGAGAUGGAAGGAGACAUCAAAGCAGGCCGCUACCUGGAGCAUGGCGAAUAUGAGGGGAACCUCUAUGGGACUAAGAUUGACUCUAUCCAUGAAGUCGUAGAGUCGGGCAAGAUGUGCAUUCUGGAUGUCAACCCACAGGCUGUGAAAGUUUUAAGGACUGCUGAGUUCGUCCCCUAUGUGGUGUUCAUUGAAGCUCCGGAUUUUGAGACUCUUCGAGCCAUGAACAAAGCAGCUCUGGAGAAUGGUGUGGCUACCAAACAGCUCACGGAUGCUGACCUGAAGCGGACGGUUGACGAGAGCUGCCGAAUCCAGCGGGGCUAUGGGCACUACUUCGACCUCUGCUUAAUCAACGACAACAUGGAACGGACAUUCCAGAAACUUCAGGAGGCCUUGGAGAAGCUGCACAGUGAACCCCAGUGGGUUCCUGUCAGCUGGGUUUACUAAAGGGGAGAGUCCUCUCUCCUCCCCCUCACCCCAACCUCAGAGCCUUGGCUUUCCCAUCUCCCCAUUUUUGCCAAGAAACCCAGAUCCCUCACCUGCACUUCCCGGCACAUUUCCUGUUUGCGAUCUCUCUCCCUUUUCAACCACCCACCUAGGUAGCCCAUUCAAAGCAGGUGGAACAAAGUUGGCUUUAUUUGAUUCUGAAAGUAAAGGUGCUUCCUCAGUCCAUCCUAGAACACCUCCAGCCAACGAAGAACUGUUGUUUGCUACUGCCACAGAUGCAUGGAUGUCCUCCUCUCUCUCCCUGCUUCCCCUUUAUUGACAAUGAGGAGCCCUUCAAUGAAGAAUUCAAUAUGGUGAAUGGGGUUGGUAGGGGAGGGAGAAUGAGCUGAGCUAUCAACUACCCACAAUGCCUUGCUCUGUCUGCUCCUUGUGAUUGUCUUGGUUACAGACUCGUCUGCUUGUUCAGACUGGGUUGGGAGUCAGCACCUCUCCAAUCACAGCUAACUCACUGCCAAAAACACUGCUUUGUAGAUGGACCACAAUAUCGCCAAAAGAACUGCUAGCCUGGGGUGUCUCCCCACCACCACUUUGCGCACACACUGAGUACAUUGCAGGAGGGGAAAAUGCCUUGCCUCCCUGGAAACUAGGUCUGUACAAUACCACUGCAAGAUUUUGUGGGAUAUUAAAGGGAGCUGCAUAAAAGUUUUGUGAGUGAAAAAAUGUGACACAGGAUAGCCUGGUGGUGGGAGCUUUGAUCUGGAAAAUUUAGUCCCCUGGCAGUGGCACAAACAAUGAUGGCCAAAACAGCUCCUUUAAUCUCAGUUUUGCAGUCUGUAAAGUGGGGCUACAUUUAUCUAUUUUGUGCUGUUUUAUACCAUAUGGGACUGGAAUCCUUUACUGCUUCUUGCCUUUGAUUCUGAAAUGGCUAUAAAAAGCAGGUUUCAAGGGUUGCAGAUAUGCCACUGGUGUCACCUGGAUUUCCCUCAACCUUUCCAAAGACCCCUCCCUGUCCAAGAUCUUGCAGGAGCUGUUGUCAGUCCACGUAGACAGUACUGGGCAACGUGGAUCCAUGGUCUAACUUAGCAAAAAGCCACUUCAUAAAAAGCCUUCUGUGUUCAGCUGGGAUGUUUUUCCUCUCUGGCCUCUGUGAAGCUAACACAGUAGUAGGAAACCUGCAUAGGGAGGCCGCUAGGGAAAUCCAGGGCUGGUACCAAAAGUCAGCAUCACUAGGCACCUGUCAAGGCCCACACCUUUGCAGGGGGACCACUGCCACUCUCUGGAGUGCUCCAGGCCUUGCUCUACCUGCCUUGUGGUUGUAUGGAUCAGGCCCAGAGGGAAAGGGCAAGUGAGUGGUCAGUGGUACCUUGGAGAGGAAGAGCAGGGGUCCAGGGUGGGUACCUUACCAAGUCCCCCUCCCCCCCCCCAAAAUCCCUAGAACUGUCACUGGAGAAAACAAUAUAAAUUAUAAUCUUUGCUCCAAAUCCUUGCUGCUUCACCCUCCUUGUAUUAUUAUUAUUAUUGUUGUUAUUAUUGUUAUUAUUAUUAUUAUUGUUUCAUCACUUUUUACAGUGUCUUACAAAAUAUCAAAAAUCAAAAUGCAAAACAACUGAUCAAGCAUUUAAAAUCCAAACCAUAGAAGUACAUGAAGUCAUCUGCAUUUAUGUGAGCCUCAUGCUCCCCCCCCACCUGCGCACACACACACAAUUCUUCAUCCAGGGGAUCCAGGCCUUUGGUUCCAUUUCCCCAUCUUGGCUUUCCCCACAAGGCUGCCUGUAGUUGCUUCUCUUGAGUCCCAGGGCUCUCCUUUUUCCCUGCCAGGACCAACAAUCACUACCUCACAACACUACGGCAGCUGUUAACUGGCGGCAUGAGCCGCUGCGGGGCUAAGGCAGAACCUUGGACUCGGGGACUUUUUUUUAUUGCAGUGGUUUUCUCACAUGCCCAUUUUCUUUCUUUUAAAAAGCUCAACCUGAUUCCAUCCCACCUGCCCCGCAUUUGAGAUGAUCACCAGAAAGAUGCUGGGUCCAUGGGAGGCUGGUUAGCCGGGCAAGGUGGGGUACAGCCCCACUAGUAUUUUUGCUACUGCAUUGCUGAAGUGUCUGCAGUAUCUUUGCAAGCAAGGAGGACAGGAAGAAAACCAGAACAAAUCGGUCCCGUCUCCAACUCUCCAGUGAUCCCCUACCCCCCCCCCAGUCCAGUGGUUACAAGGCGCCACUGACUGGGUCUACUUUUGGCUGCUUUCAUGGGGUGCAUAGCGAAGGUUAUCGGUGGAAUGUUUUCCUUAUCAGUCAGAAGAGAGGAUAGCUGGAUCACUAGCGCUCUUCAUUGUGUUUUUAGAGGUCACUUCCAGAUUACCAGUUUGGAGGGAGGUUAAAUGAUGUCAGCUCUUUAUUGAACAUUCUUUCUUGUUUGUGGGGAGGAGAGAUGACGUUGCAUCAAUCAGUCGUUAUCCCGCACUUUUCAGUGCAUUUUUCUGCCGCAUUCCUUAUUGCAAAAAGUUUUUUUUAAAAAAUGGGGGCAAGCAGGUGUGUUGCACAAGAGCUCCGAAUCAGCUUUAAAAUUGUGCAACCUCAAUUAGCCACUAGGUGAUUGCAUCGCACCCAAACACAGUGACAGUCUGGAAGUGCCCAAGGUUUCCUGCCAGGUUGCCUGUGCCUUGUAACCCAGCAUUAAUUUCAACAACAGAGGCUUUUUAAAUAUAGCAAUAACUCCACCUGCUGGUAAUCAAGUAAACAAGCAUGUUGUGCCCUUUAAUGCUGCUCAAGUAACUAUAAAACGCAUUUGGUAUUGUACAAAACUGCAGAGGGAGGGCAGUGCAUUAAUAAUCUGUGAAUGGUUGCUGCUGGGAUGGAUGCGUUUUAAAAGCUGCUUCCGCUUCACACCAUAGGGAGGGCAGGGGCAAUGCAAAUGAUCUGAAAGGUGCAACAGACUGUGUACGCUCUAAUCCCACAGUCAGGGUCAGAAACUAGAUAAAACUGUAAUGUAGAAGGAGUGGCAUGCAGGGCAAAGCAAACCCAAAGAACAACAAUGGGAUAGCACGGAGGAAACCCACUCAUCCCUAGGAGGGGGGAAACACAGCUCUCAGACUCUGGAAUAUUGCUAAGCAUGUGCAAAUCUGCUCUGAAGCUGCAAUCAUAUGCCCCAAGGAUGGGGAAGCUGUUGCCCUACUGAUGCUUUUGGAGCCCAACUCCCAUGAGCUCUAGCCAACAUAGCCAAUGGUGGUGAGCAAUGAGGAGAGCCAAAAUCCAACAACAUCUGGGGGGCUACAGGGUUCCCCAUGCAUGCUAUACAUGUUUAUCUAGGUCCUCUGCUAAAAUGAUGGGGGGGGACAUCCCUUUCAGCCAGAGAUUGUGAUCCACACUUCUCACAAUUGUGCAUCAGACUCUCCCACUGAAAGGGAGGGGUUCCUCUUUAGUGUUAGCAGAGGAUGCCAUGCAGGUUUGCAUGGAAUCCCAUGCUAAAAUGAUGGGAAAAGUCUCCCUUUUAACAGCCCUAUUGAAAUCAUCCCUGCUCCUGUCUGCGCCUCUGAAAACCAGAGGCUGAAGCAGGAAUGCUGAGCUGCUUGAACUGAGCAGGAUUUAAACAGCUGGGAUUAAACCCUGGGGCUUUGGCUGCAUGACCCUAUUCCCUGCUGCAAAGGCAAUGCAGGAUUUAAUCCUGUCCUCCUGCCCACCAGCUGACAUGACUAGUGACAUCAGCUGAUGGGCAGGUGGGUGUUAUUUGAGGAAAAGGGUCUCAUGGCCCAAACUGGAGCCCCUGGCAGGCCAAGAUUGGCCUGUGUGAUGGAGGUUCCCCACUCCUAAUCUAGGAGGAAGGAAGCCUGAUUAAAUAUAGGGGGACUUACUUCUGAGUAUAUAUAUAUAGGAUUGUACUGUGUGGAUGCAAAUCUGGCAAUCUAAAGUUCUGAUUUGGAUUUGUCCUUGUGGAAAUGGUUUGAUCUCUGUGAUACUUCCCUCCCAUACCCCAAGCACACAGUUUACUGGCUUUUCAAAGAACCAGUACUCUCUCUUUGAGACCUUAACUCACUUCUUAUCAGUGGCUUCCAAAUCCUUGCCACGUACUUUUUAUAUCCUACAAAAUUGGUAUGUGCAUGAUUUUUUAAUUUCGUAAAGAUAGCUAAAAUAGAUAUGUACCUUUCUUUUUAAAAAAAUAAAUAAUGUGUAUAUAUAAAGAGAAAGAAAAGACUUUAUAAAUUGCUAGCAGUUAUGGGUGCACAGAAGUGAAAAAGAGUAUUAUUAAUUGUGGCAUCCUGGUUAGAAAUGUCCAAAAGAACACAGUCAUAUGUUGUAGCAAACUACAGUUACAAAUUUUAUAUAUAUAUAUGUGUGUGUGUGUGUGUGUAUAUAUAUAUAUAUAAAAGGAUAGUCAUUUAAGAAGUUAUGCUGUUGUUUACAUGGAUUAAGGGGCAGAAAACUGUCCCUUUUGGAACAUCCACAGUUUGCCAUUCAUCUGAGGUCCAGCUAAUAAACACAAUUAGCUAUGUGUUAGCCACUCAAAAUUCAAACUGGGUUUUAUGGAGGGUGUUCAACAUAAAGGUGCCCGUUAUUACAGGCCUUGCAGUGGAAACCAGCCAAGGAUUAUGGUUUGCAAUGGAUUAAUGAAAUGGACAAAUGUUCAUGGCUGAUGGCUGUAAUACCCGUUGAACUUUCUGGGACUUACCUCAAAGUAGAUAUGUACACAGGAUUGAGCUGUUAGUGGCAUUAAUCAUGUACAUUCCCACCAAUGACACCUAGGUUCAUUCUUGGAGCUUUUUGCUUAGAUAUACUUUUCUGCUGGGACUGAUCUUUAUUGCUGCAAAUUCCCUUGCAGUGUUGUCCGGUCAUCCCUUCUAGUAGUUUUGUUCUAUCCACUGAUUGCUCUGUCUCUGCCCGUUUCUGUGUACUUUGUCUAGACCUCCAUUCCCAUGUUUUCUUUUAUGUACAUCUCUUAGCCAUUUCUUUACCUCUGGGGCAAAUCUCAUGUUUGGUGCUCACAGAAUUGCUUUUGUACAGCUUGAGCUCCCACAUGUGUGAGAAUUGGUAUAUAGAAUCAGAAAGAUACAGAAGCCCAUUGGCUCCAAUCCUCAUCCCUAUGAUAAGACCCACACACAUGUCAGCCCCUUUGAAAGAUGGGAAGGGUAGCAUUACUUUGCUGUGUAUGUAUAGAUUAGGGAUGGGGUUCGCUGCCUAGUUCUGAUCCACUUGUAUUCCAAUAGUCCGCUGUUUGAUCCCGAUCCACCUUUUUUCUUGUUCCCGCUUGCUUUGGCACUUGCUGAUUCAAUCCGCUGUUUUGCAGAUAGCGACUAUUGGUUUCAGUUGAAAUCCAGUACUAAGUCUGAUUUAGUGGAUAUUCUCCCCCAUUGCUAGCAUAGAUAACUUCUUACUUUGAAAUGGGAUCCCUGGAUCUUGAUGAAAGUAUCUUAUGCUUUCUCCCAUAAGUAUUGUUUGUCUACAUUUCUGUCUAUAUAUGGAGUUAACUAUGUAUUAUAUGCAAAAACGUGUAACUGAGUCCUGAAGCUAUAUUUUAAAAUGAAAAGCUGCUAUGGGGGCGGGUAAAUGUAGACUGGAGAAGCAGCAGGGGAAGAGAAGGUUGCUUCACCCUCUCCGUACCAACAAUUUCCCUGCUUCAAAUCAUCCUCUUCCCCAGCAGCUUUUUCUACCUUGGAAUCCAAAAACACAUUUCCCCCAACGCUCUUGCAGUUCUGGGUGACGUGACCUGCAGGGAGACUCUCUGCAUUCCAGGGGCCAAGGCAGGACCAAAUGGUUGUCAGGGCUCUUUCCUCAACUUAAGCCACUCAGGUGGCUUCAGCACCCCCCUCUGCCCCCUGCUCUAGAGGGAAAGGCAGUUCUCUCAUUACUACAUGCCAGAAAUAGCUUGGCCAUUUGAAUCCUUCCAAGGACUUGCCUUUCCAUUCUGCUUCCAUUUUCUCAACAGUAUCUGAAGAGAAAGGCCGAGAAUAGCAGGGAUGUCCCCAUUGUGUUAGCUGCACCUGCUGUAGAGCAGUUGGGCAGAGCCAAGGAGUGAUUCCUGGCAAGGAACAGAUUGAGCAGAGUGCCAGGGUGGUGUAGUGGUUAAAGUGUCUGACUAAGGACUGGGAGAAAAGGGUUCAAAUCCCCAUUUGACCAUGAAGUUCACUGAGUGAGCUAGUCACCAACAAUCAACCUAUCCUAUCUCUAAGGGAUGUUGUGAGGAUAAUAUGGAGAGGGCUCUUUGGAAGAAAGGUGGGAUAGAAAGGAAGCAGAAGGCAGCUUCUGCAAGGCUAGUCAAGACUUAGUUUUUGAAGAUGCUUGGCUGAGCCUUACUGGAAUCACCAUCUGCUGCGCAAUCUGCUUCUGACAGCACCAUGAGUGAGGGAUAGAUGAAGGCAGGGAUCGGCAUCUGAAUGGUGUUAUCACCGUUUAAAGUUUUGGGCUUAGGUUGGGCUUCUGUUGGGCUCUGCUUCAGGCUGCAAAAUGUCUUGGGCCAGCACUGACCCUGUUUCAUUCCUUUUCAUCUCCUCCAUCCCUUCUUUCUCCCUAUGCCUGGUUGAGCCCCUGACUUCCCCCAGCUCAUUCUGUCUCAAUAAUAAUAAUAAUAAUAAAAAUAAAAAAAUAAUAUCAUCUGUGGGGGUUUUCUGUUUAUCCUACAGGGCUGCAUACAUAGGUCUUACUUCCAGUAUUGUGUCAACAACUACA